AAAAUGCCCAUGCAUCACCUAAUCCUCUCAAUCCUCAUCAUCCUCACAACAAUCAACCUUCAAACCUUCGUCGAGUCUGUCACAUGCAACUAUGAAGAUGACGGCGGCUUCUAUACAUUCAUUCGUAAGAACCAACAAGUCCCAAGUUACAUCUGCAACAUUACAACCACAAACUAUGGCGGAUAUGAGAAUCCAUCAGAGAUUCGCGGCUAUCAUCAAAAUUUAAAAACAGACAAGGAAGUUAAAAUCAUCCAAGCUCAUUAUCCACUCAAGCUUAAAGCCAUCUCAUCUGUAUUUUGUCAAAAGUUCCAGAAUGUUGAGGUUAUGGACAUUUCGUACACGGAAACUGAAGUUAUUGAUGAGAAUGCUUUUCAGACUUGUGCAACUUUGAAGCUGCUGCAUCUUCGAGUCAAUAAAAUCCAUAAACUUCCUGAUUCUUUGCUGACAAUUCACUCGAAAUUGACGAAUUUGUGGAUGAAUUUUAAUCAACUUGCGACUCUGCCUGAAAAGCUGCUUAAUACACAAUCGGAACUGAAGGGAUUGUACCUUGGAAAUAAUCAGCUGUACUUCCUGCCAAAUUAUGUCUUUUACUAUCUAGUUAAGCUUCAAUAUUUAGACUUGGGCAACAAUAGGCUUCAAGCUAUUAACCCAAAUUGGUUCAAGAAUCUUCAAAUUCUUCAGGAACUAAGCAUUGACUCCAAUCAGAUAUCCGACCUUCCAGCAAAUGUCUUUAAACCAUUAGGAAAUCUAAAAAGCUUGCUGCUGCAAAACAACAUCAUCAAAAACGUCUAUUCCGACUCAUUCGUUGGUCUGCAGAACCUUAAAAGGCUCGUCUUGGGCAACAAUGAAAUUUUCGAUCUUCCUGGGAAAGUCUUCGCGUCACUUACAAGCCUUGAAGAGCUUUGGAUCAACAAUAACAGAUUAACAACAAUCCACUCAGACUCAUUCUCGUCCCAUGCUCAGCUAAAGACUGUCUACUUUGCGAACAAUAAAAUCAACGCGAUUGAUGCAAAGUUCAUUGACAAUACAGCUGUGUCGUACCUUAAUAUGCUGGAUAACUUCUGCUAUCAGGAUGAGAUACAAAGUCGUGAAAGGAUGAAGCAGUACUUAGGACGAUGCAUUGAGAAUUAUCAGCCAAGACUUGGACAAGCUAGCACAUGUGGAAGACCAGUUACUGGACAUGGGAAUAUUAUUGGUGGGACGCAGAUCUCGAGAGGUGCUUUUCCUUGGAUUACUGCUUUGGUCACUGCCGACGGUACUUUUUUCUGUGGUGGAACUUUAAUAUCGAAUCAAAAAAUUGUGACUGCCGCUCAUUGCAUCCAUGGCAAAUCAAGUCCACGCCCACUAUUAGCCAGAGACAUAGUAGUCCUAGUUGGAGUCCAUGACUUGAAUGACCGCUUUGAAAUUGGCAGAUCACCAAAUGCUGUACAAAGCAUAAUUCUACAUCCUGAUUGGAAUCCAAAAACAGAAGCAUUUGAUGCUGACAUAGCCGUUUUGGUGCUUGAAGAGAAAGUCACAUUCACAAAGUACAUCCAACCAGUUUGUUUGAUUGAUCCGAGUUCAUUCCUUACAACUUUAAAUUCUGGUGUCGUUGUUGGAUAUGGAAAGAGUGAAGAUAAGUCGAAGGUUCAUGAAAAUAUUCCAAAAAUCUUAAACUUUCCGAUGCACAAGAACGACCAGUGUUUCCUUAAGAAUAUUUAUUUGACAAAAAUAUCAAGUCAGAGGACAUUCUGUGGUGGACAAGGUAGAGGACUUGGAGUUUGUAGAGGUGACAGUGGAAGUGGAUUAUUUGUGACUUAUGGAAAUACUUUUUAUCUUCGCGGAAUUGUCUCGUCUUCGCUAUUUACUGGAACUAAUGAGUGCGAUGUCAAUACUUAUUCGGUGUUUACUGAUGUUCUGCAUUAUACAGACUGGAUUAAUUCCAUUUCACCAUCACCAAGAUUUUAUAAUAGCUAAGAUUUGGGAAAAUCUGAGUUUUUUGUGGAUUAAAGGAUUUUGAAAAAAAAUUGUA